UGCAUACCAACAAUGAUGGUCCCAAUACAACCGCUCACAAGGCAAGGCAAGGCAGCAGCGCAGAUGCGGUCAACCAGAACACAGUCCACAAAGAGACACAAAAGAGCAGUCAUGAGGGUCUUUGUUUUGUUCGCUUUGGCGCUAGUUUCUGGCUGCAAUGCCAACUUCUUCCAUGCUGACGCACCCAAGCCUCGGUUGGAGGCUCUGACCGACGCUUUCUGGGACUACAUCGGCAAGGCCAGUAAACUUGCAGACGACACCCUGGAGAUGGUGGUGAAGUCGGACUUUGGAGCUGAAGUCAACGCUCACUUGGCCGAAACCGCCGACGUGGCCAGCAGAUUCGCCAGUAACCUGAAGGAGAAGCUUCCCUUGCCCGCCCAGGACCUGAUGGACAAGAUCAGCGCCGAGGCCGGCGUCCUGAAAAACGUGCUGAGCCAGGACCUGAGUGCGGUCAGCGAGAAGAUUGAUCUGUUAUCCGACAGCGUGAAGUCCCAGAUCCAGGAGAAGGUGAAUCAGUUGAAGCAGGAGCUGACCGCUUACGCCGACGGCGUCGAUGCCCACAAGCUGAGAGCCACCCUGCAGCAGCACAGCAAGGGGCUGAUAAACGGCCUGAUGCAUAGCAUCAGCAAUGUGGAGAGCAAUCUGGACCCCUUCACCAAGGAAAUGCUGCAGCAGGUUGACCAGCACCUGAUGGCCUUGCAGCACAACAUCAGCCCCGUGGCCCAGAGGGUGCAGCAAGACCUUUACGAAGGAAGCAGAGAGGUGCACCGCGUGGUGGCCCCCUACGCCGAAGACCUGAAGGAGAAGCUGGACCAUUUUGCUGCGGACCUCCAGGAACACCUCAAGGCCUUAGUCAACAGUAACUAACUGGAGCUCAAGAGAUUCUCCUUGAAAUGUCGCCAAAAUCCAAAUUCUAUUUAUUUCCUAGCUCAAUUGAUUGACAAAUAUAUAUUGUUUUUAACUUUGUUGCUGUUCUCGAUUUUCUUAAGGAAAAUAAACACA